AUGUCUCAAACCCCACCGCCAAAAGACGGAAAAGCUCCAGAUGCGAUGGACGUCGACGACGCUAUUGACGAGGAGGUUUUGAGAAUGUCAACAGAAGAUCUAAAGAGCCGCAUUCAUUUAUUGGACAACGAGAUUCGCAUUAUGAGAAGCGAAGUACAGCGAAUCAACCAUUCAGCCACAACUCUCAAAGAACGUAUCAAGGAGAACACUGAACGCAUCAAAGUUAACAAAACACUUCCUUACCUUGUAUCAAAUGUGGUCGAGCUUCUGGAUCUCGAAGAUAAUCUUGAGGAGGAGGGUGCCAAUGUUGAUCUUGAUGCUCAGAAGACAAAGUGUGCCGUUAUCAAAACUUCUACUCGUGCCACUUACUUCCUUCCAGUUGUUGGUUUGGUAGACCCAGAUGAGCUCAAGCCUGGAGAUCUUGUUGGAGUUAACAAAGACUCCUACUUGAUUCUUGAGAAGUUACCAGCAGAGUACGACUCCCGUGUCAAGGCAAUGGAGGUUGAUGAGAGACCAACUGAGCAGUAUUCAGAUAUUGGAGGAUGCGAUAAACAGAUUCAAGAGCUCAUUGAAGCUGUUGUAUUGCCAAUGACUCAUAAGGACCGUUUUGUCAAUCUGGGUAUUCACCCACCGAAGGGUGUGCUUAUGUAUGGCCCACCAGGUACCGGAAAAACCAUGAUGGCUCGUGCUGUAGCCGCCCAAACCAAAUCGACGUUCUUGAAAUUGGCGGGCCCACAACUUGUACAAAUGUUCAUCGGAGAUGGAGCGAAACUUGUACGUGAUGCAUUCGCUCUUGCCAAGGAGAAGGCACCAGCCAUUAUCUUCAUUGACGAGUUGGAUGCUAUCGGUACAAAACGUUUUGAUUCCGAGAAAGCUGGAGAUCGUGAGGUGCAACGUACAAUGUUGGAGCUGCUCAAUCAGUUAGAUGGAUUCCAACCAAAUGAUGACAUUAAGGUUAUUGCCGCGACCAAUCGUAUCGAUGUUCUCGAUCCUGCUCUUCUUCGUUCCGGUCGACUUGAUCGUAAAAUUGAACUCCCUCAUCCAAAUGAGGAUGCUCGCGCCAGAAUUAUGCAGAUUCACUCCAGAAAAAUGAAUGUCAACAAGGAUGUAAACUUUGAAGAAUUGGCUCGUUGUACAGACGAUUUCAAUGGUGCUCAGUGCAAAGCAGUUUGUGUAGAAGCUGGUAUGAUUGCACUCCGUCGUGAUGCUACUGAGAUUCUUCAUGAAGAUUUUAUGGAUGCUAUUUUGGAAGUACAGGCAAAGAAGAAGGCUUCUCUUAACUACUACGCCUAG